GGACCCCGCUGCGACCACGUUGGAGGCGGAGCCUGAGACCGUCUGGUUCCGCUGCUCUGCGGUCGCCGUCGCCCAUAGGAUCGUCUGAUAUGAGGAUAAAUGUGAAAGGAAACACUCCGAUGAGGAAGUGAAAUGAUAACAUAACGGCGUUUCAACUAAAGCAUUUGCCUAUUUCUUCGCUCUCUGGAUUGCAAUGCCGCCGCUGCGAGUUUUCACCCUGCCGAGGCAACAGUCCCUGCUGCUGCCUGCGGUCAUCAACCCGUUCGUGCAAGACACCAAACUCUCCAAAGCAGCUAUAACUAAAUGUGUCCUCCUGGGGAUCUUCCUGGUCCCUAUUCGCGCUGUCCUUGUGUCCCUGGUUCUGAUGGUGACAUGGCCAGUGGCUUUCAUAAUAACCUUCAACCAUCCUGUGAAAGGAGCCGAACCAAUGACAGGAUGGAGACGGAUCAUGUGUCGGCGAGUGAUGGCCGCCCUGGGGAGGGCAUACUACUUCUGCAUGGGCUUCAGAGUGGUGAUCAAGGGCAGGCAGGUGGACAGCAGUGAGGCCCCCAUCCUGGCUGUAGCCCCCCACUCCACCUUUUUCGAUGGGAUAGUGUGCAUCGUUGCAGGCAUGCCCUCCACCGUCUCACGACUGGAGAACCUGGCUACACCCAUCUUUGGCAGGUUAGUGCGCUGUCUUCAGCCGGUGCUUGUGUCCAGGAAGGACCCCGACUCCAGGAAGAAUACAAUCCAGGAAAUCGAGAGCAGAGCCAAGUCAUUGGGACACUGGCCACAGGUUCUGAUAUUUCCAGAGGGAACAUGUACAAAUCGCUCCUGUCUCAUCACUUUCAAACAAGGUGCCUUUAUCCCAGGGGUCCCUGUGCAGCCUGUGGUUAUGAGAUAUCCCAACAAACUGGACACAGUGUCUUGGACUUGGCAGGGUUUCAGCUCGAAAACGCUGCUGCUGCUAACUCUGAGCCAGCUGUACACCACAGUAGAGAUAGAGUUCCUGCCGACACAUAUCCCCACAGAGGAGGAAAAGAAAUGCCCUCCUCUGUUUGCUAGCAGAGUGCGAGACAAAAUGGCAAAAUGACUGUAAUGCACUUUAUGCCGGCCUAAACAAGACCUCGCUGGCACGCCUGCAGCUGGUACAAAACACUGCGGCUCGGCUGCUUACAGGAACACGCAAGCAUGAGCACAUCACCCUAAUUCUGGCUUCCCUCCACUGGCUUCCUGUUCAUUUUAAGAUGUUAUUGUUUGUUUUUAAAUCGCUUAAUGGGCUGGCCCCUCAGCACAUCUCCGACCUCCUAAAGGUGUACACCCCCUGAAGGGCUUUGAGGUCGGCUGAUCAGCUGCUGCUGGUAGUCCCUAAAACCUAGAAAAAGACCAGGGGAGACCGAGCCUUCUCAGCGGUAGCCCCCAGGCUCUGGAACGACCUGCCCCCCCAUGUCAAAUUGUUGCCCACCCUUCAAACUUUUAAGUCCCGCCUGAAG